CGUGCGCAGUUGAUAUGUCUUGCUCAAUGUUUUUGUUUUAGCCGUACACAGUGUAUGGAUUAGAUCUUGCUGUCUGUCGUUGUAAAGUGAAGACAAGAUGGAGACGGCGUGUCUAGCAGUUUGUGUUUUAUCUCUUCUGUUUGCCUCAGUAACCUGCACAGAGCCGUCGCCAAGGCAACUGAAUACGGAAAACAUUGUGAUUAACGUGACAGCAGGGACACUGGCGGACACACAGCUGCAGGACUCCAACAGCUUGCAGAUCAAUCUAAACAUCUCGGUGGGUGAAGAGCAGGUGCUGGUUAAUGACAUCCCCGUAGAGCUGUCAGGGGUCACCAGGUUCAACUGCCAAGCUCUUCUCUUAGACAGCAUUAAUGGAAGCAGUGAGUUUGAAUCUGGGUACUUGGUGUCCACUGUCACCCGGGUGAUGGUGAGCCAGAACCGGCUGUACAGCGACUCGGAGGAGGUGGUGGCUCUGCAGGUGUUCAGUGAAGUGAUAGAGAUGGAGGGCAAAGAGGUCCAGCAGCCUGACAUGUGUGAGGUGAAAAUACUGAUGAGCCCAGAUUUCCAGAAGCUGGCUCAAUUCACCAACAUCUACCCCAUCGGACACAGUGAGAUCUUCAGGCUUCCCAGGGAGAACGACGUGGUUGUCACAGAUCCACCAAAUCCUAGAAAAGAUGAGGAACAGCUGAUCUCCCAGACCACCAGCCAGUACCCUCUGAAACACACAGAGACCACGCAGGAGGAGAUUGCAGCCCCGGGAAAGCUCCCAGAGACCCCCCUGCGGAUGGACCCCGACCUGCUGUACGAUGUCAGAUACGGUGAUGAAUUUGACGUCAAAGAGCCGAGCCAGCCGGAUCAGAUUCAGAUGGAAACUCCGCCCAAAGAAUUCAUAUCAUCUUACUCUGCCAUGUGUCAGUGGGUGGAGGAAGUGAGGGAGCGUCUGAGGCGCUUCAGCUCCGAGUCGCUGCCUCUGUUCUUCCUGGUUAUGUGGGUGGUGGUGAUCGGCGUUGUCGGGUCAGCGGUCAUCGUCAAGAUCUUGGACAUGUUCUUCCCAACUUGUGAACACAAGCAAAUUUUUCACCUAAACCCUGUCACGCUCAUGCCGGAGGAUGAGAAGCACACUCUGCUGGAGAACAUAGACAUAGAGGUAGAAGAAGAAGAAGAAGAAGAAGAAGAAGAAGAAGAAGAAGAAGAAGAAGAAGAGGAGAAGAAGCCUUAAAUGAGGAUUGACUUGGCCCUCUCCUUAUUUCCAGUUUGUUCUUAUUUGUUCUUAGACCUUGGUUACUGCGUUACAUUUUUUACAUGGCCUGGUUUUGUCGCAAGCUUCUCUUAAAUUUUCACUUUAAGCACAAAAGCCAUCAAACUCAAUUUGUUCUAGUCCUCCUCAAAUGUAUGGACAUGAUGAAAAACUAAAAGUAAAUAAGUGGUUGAUGUUGUGAGGUGAUGGUAAGCCAACAGUGUGUUCACCUGCACAGGAAGUCAAACUCUUUGCUCCAGUUAUUGGUCAGAUCGAUUGGAUAUGGAAAGCCACUUUUAUCAAGUCACAAAUGACUGUACUUGUUGCUUAACAAGUUACUUACUAGAAAUGACCUACCCUUCCCAAAAACAAGCCGUAGCUACAUGGAUCAUUCUUCCAAAUGUGUCGACAUUUUCACACAUCAAAGUGCUCAUAACGAACAGGCUGAGAGGACAGCGAGGACACGCAGAAUCACGUAGUGCAGGUUUAACAGAUGAAUACGAACAAACUGAACUUUUUAGGAGCUGCAUCCAUUGAUUCAGUCUUUAGUCACUGAGAAGACUUUCUAUAUGUAGCAGAUCUGUACAGGUCACACGUUCCUCUCGCAGUGUAUUCGCUUAAAAUGAUACCCACUGCUGGAUGUAAAGAAAACAGAUGCACUAUAAGAGUUUAUUCAAUAUAUUCUGUCAAACCAGGCAGGCGAUGUCUCCUGUGGUCAUCCUUUAAGUGAAUAGCUCAUAUGAAUAUUGAAUCUAAAAGGAAAUGCCGAUCACUGUCUGGAAAAUGUUAUUACAAGUCUUGUGUCUGCACAUUGAGUGGAACCCCCCAGGCGUGCUUUCAUAUGAUUGUCUUUCUUCGCAGUGCCUCUGUGACUAUCAGUAAGGGAGGGAUUCUGAUUAAUUUCGUGUGCGCUUUACUGUUCAUAAUAAUGGAGAAUGUAGGUGUUUGUUCAGAUUGUACUCCAAAUGUACUAGACAAACUACUGAUGUAAAGUAUGUGUGCAAGACAUGACCACACAUUCAAUGUGUACAUGACUGAAGGAAACAAUCUGCACUUGGGUUUGGGUUUGACUUGACCUUGCAUGGAUGCUUUUGCUUUUUUUGUUGUAAAUCUCAUGGUUUAUGGGCAAGAAUGACUUUGACUUUGAUGAUAAACCUUCUGGGUAUCACUCCCAAUGUUUCACUGGGCUGUGUGUGAGGGACCAAGCAGGUGGGCAAAAGGUCGGUUAGUGGGCAAAAAAGUGGGUUUAAGUAAUCCAAAACUCUGCAAGUGUUUGAACAAGGUUGUUGUGUUAUUUAUAUUUUAAACACUAGUUAAUCUUCCUCAGAGCAGCUGAGGUCUUGAUUUUGUCUCCCCGGGGUUCAGUUAAUCUGCAGUAUGCAUGAUGUACGGUGCAAAAGGUGCAUGUUAAGUCUAGCUAGUGAAUGCAGUGUGCUGUUAUAUCAGCAAGUUAUACAGUAAACCUAGGAAGCUGCAUGACUACUCGAACAGCUUGACCUGUUUUGGGUUCAACCUCAAAUUCCAAAGUGAUCAACUCAGCAAAGUGCUGUAGAUGACACUACAUUAGCCUGCAAGGCAAACACUGUCAGGCAUGAAUUCAGAUAUGUUCCUGAAGAAUAAAACUAAGAUAUUUUCAUUUGCUCCAUGUUGAGACUUUGUGUGUGCAUACAUUGUGUAUAAUUACAGCUGGACUGUGUAUUUGGGUCUAAAAUCCUGCUGAUUAAAUGGUUCCCUUAUGACCAUCAA